CCUGCCGCAGCAGAACAACAACCUGGAUACACUCAGCGUGUCUUGUUCAAACAAGGCAGCUUUGUAGCUCGGACAGAGACUGGUGGCGAAGGGCAGAAAAAGCUGGCGAGUGGCACACAUGUGUCGAAACAUUUCCGCAGCCACACUGUUUCUGGAAGGCCGAGGAUCUGAGGAGGAGGCUGCGUUGUGGCGUGAGUCAGCGUCCUCUUGCACCCUGGACCUGCAGAUCAGCCUGUGAGUGCUGGAGACGCGGCAGUGAACCGAGGGGCGGCAACACUGAAUGGACAGAACAUGGGGUCAGAUGAGGCCUACAACUUUGUCUUCAAGGUGGUUCUAAUCGGAGAAUCCGGUGUGGGAAAGAGCAACCUUCUCUCCCGCUUCACCAAAAACGAGUUCAGCCACGACAGCCGCACAACCAUCGGGGUGGAGUUCAGCACACGGACGACGCAGCUCAGCGGCUUCACCAUCAAGGCCCAGAUCUGGGACACGGCCGGACUGGAGCGAUACCGGGCCAUCACUUCUGCGUACUACAGGGGUGCUGUUGGAGCCCUACUGGUCUACGACAUCACAAAGCACCUCACCUACGAGAGUGUGGAGCGCUGGCUGAAGGAGCUGUACGACCACGCUGACCCCCACAUCGUGGUCAUGCUGGUGGGAAACAAGAGCGACCUGGAAUCGGAGAGGGCCGUGCCCAACGAAGAGGCAAAAGACUUCGCAGAAAAAAAUGGACUUUUGUUUCUGGAGACGUCUGCUUUGGAGUCAACUAACGUGGAGGCAGCAUUCAAUGACGUCCUGUCAGAGAUUCACAGGAAGGCCAACAGUAAGGAGGUGGUUCGGGGGCCCAUCAGUGCUGUGACCUUGAACAGCUCCAGUGCAGAAACGCCAGAGGAGGAGAAAGCCUGCUGCAGGAACAUCUGAUCUCAAGAUCCUCCAGGAGCCCCCGGGGGCCUCAGGUGACCUUCCUCCACAACCCGGGCUUGAGAUUGACGGGAGGCACGCGACAACCCCGGGGCCAAUACAAACUUUUUUUGGCUUAAGUGAUGCCUUUUAUUGUGUCAAUAAAUGUAGCUGGUGUUCAACAUCAUUCGUUUAAGAGUCUCUGCUGGCUAUGGAACGUAGGUCAAAAGUUAAACACUUAACCGUGAGACCUGUAAGGUUUUAUAUUUAUAAUCCAUGCACAGAAUUGGAGCACUGUAGACGCAUGACGGUAUGUGUAAAUGUAAAUUGCACAAGACUCUUUUAUUGUGUGUUGGUGGUACUGUGGGUCUUGCUGUCACAGCUGCGCAUGUGCUACGGCUCAUGAUCGCGGAUCAAUGGAUUGCAAUUCUGUUGAAAAAUAAACGAUUCGUGGAGAA